UGUCUAUCUUAAUUUUGACAGAAUCGAAACAAAAUGUCGCGCUCGCCGUCAUUCAACAAAACCUCCUCAACAUCCUCCCUGGGUGUGAGUAAAUCGAAGAGCUACACCGAUCCUGAUUUUCAGAGAGGCUCUUUUGACUUCUCCUAUCCGAAUGGAGACAAGUAUAUUGGAGAAUAUUGUGCACACUCGAGUGGUUUAGUAUGGAAGGAAGGAAUAGGGACUUACAUUACUAAGGAUGGGCAAUCCUACAAAGGAAAAUGGUAUGACGAUAAACUGGUUGAUGGAGAGACGGUAGAAAUAUCCUUCAAGGACGGAACCAUUUACGAAGGCCCUUUGGAAAAGUACAAAUAUAAGGGAGCUGGAUGUUUGCGUUUGCCUGGAAAUAUAAAAUUGAUUCUAGAAUUCGUGGACAAUAAGCCUGUUGGAGACAUAAUCCUAUUGGAUAAUGUCGGUAGACCUUGGUAUGGUAGAUCAGAGGGUGACUACACUCUAUUUCAACAAGAAAAUAUCUAUUUCGAGAAUAUUCCAACAAGACGUGGAGCAGCUUACCCCCGCCUCAAGGUCCCUACUAAACCCAUCAAGUCAGUUCAGCAAGUAGUGAAGAAAUCGAUAGAUAUGACGGCCCUGGAGCAGCGGGUGUUCAAGAAGAGCGAAAAGUUGGCCGAAGACUACAACUUCGACGAUUCGGAGUGGUACCGAAAUUAUAUAAAUUUCAAGCAGAAGCAGCAAAUUAUAAUGAGCAAAGUGCGUAGGGGGAUGAAGUCGCGUCUGACCGACGAAGAGUUCGAUUGGUGCCUCAAGUACGACGAAUUCAAGGAGAGGUACCAUAAGCUGCUACAGAGGAGGAAAGUGAAGCUGAACGACCCAGUGGAUUUGAGCAUGUUUCACACGCUCUACAGCGAUGAAUACAAUUCUUCGAAGCCAGAAUUUGUCAUGUAUCCCAGCAAAUCGGAGGAAAACUGAUGAAAGUCUUCCACGAUUCUUGGGAAUUUUUAUUGAUUAUAUUAUUU